CUUCGUUGAUUUCAUUACAACUCUCCUAUAUCGCCUACAUAAUGGCGCUCCCGAAAGAGAUCCUCCCCCAACACCCCUCCGACCCGCUCCUCCUUCUCCCCGUUCCCAACCCUCUACCGCCUACACCAACUCCGUCCUUACCAUCCCUCCUCGCAGCCCUCGCUCCUCACCUCACCCCUACUGAAGUCGAAGACCUGGAGAAAGUCCCCAUUCCGGUGUUGACCUCUACUAUUCGCCAAUUCACUCGGCAUUCACAGACGUUACUGAAUGCUGCCCGGGCGGGCGCGACGGAAGCGAGAGAAGAGUUGGACGAGGUGGAUGUGAGAUUGAGGGAGGUAGAGUAUGAGAGGGAGAGAGUGAGGGAGGAAACGGAAAGAUGUGAGGAAUACGCACAAACACACGGAGAUGUAGAGCUGCCGGACGUCGAAACCUUCCUGAGUAGUGUGGACCAAAGCGUACUGGAUAGUCUGCCGCCGAAAGAAAGCAAGUCGUAUGAACAGACCCUGGAGAUUCUACGCCUAGAACACGAACUUGGAGAGAUCCUCAAGCGAGAGGCGCAAGUUGCUCAGAUCACAAAAGAACGAGAUGCGUACAUUAAAGCCAAAAAGGAGAUCAAAGUCAAGUCAGACGCAGUGGAUGUUCAUCUUGCACAAUUUGCCCGGACGACGAACGCUGUAGGCAGCAAAGUACGGGACGUUGCAGAGGUCCAGGCGCCGAACACAUCGUCCCUCUAGAAGAGUUGUAUAAUAUCACCCCGCAUCUUGUAUCACCAGCAUACCCCAAGAGAUCUACACGGAUCACAAUGUAUUGUUGUGCAAAAAUGGUU